AUGACAGACGAUCCGGAACGGGUGUGUCCGGCUCCGACAAUAGCCGAUGUCGGCAGUGAGAAAGGCACUGUCCGUUUGGAGGCUCCAGCUGCAAGCUCCAACUCCAAUGCCGGGCCUCAGGAGGGACGCACAAGGAAGAAGCGCCUUCAGUUGAGCUGCGGUGAAUGCAGGAGGAAAAAGCUCUCCUGUGACAGAGGCCGACCAUGCCGCCGCUGCGUGAGGACGGGAAGAGCAGACCAGUGCGAAUUCGAAACUAACCCGAGGCCUCUGUUGUUACCAAUCAAUCAUGGCGCUCAGUUGGAGCAAAUUAAAUCCGACCAGGCCGAGCUUCAGAACCUUCGAACUGAGAUUUUCCAGUUGAGGGAACUGCUCUCGAAGCCGACUCCUCAGCAAGGCAGGGAUCUCUUUACCGAAGAUGUCAAUGGCGAUGAGAUUCCCAAACGAAGUGAAGUGGAGGCCAAAGAUGCCAUUACCAUCAGUCAGAAUCCCAUCAAUACCAACGAUGGCCCACCUGAUCCAAGAGAGAAAUCCCCACGGGGAUACUACAGACGACAUACCCUGCUGCGAUUCUUCUCAGAGAUUCCGCAGUUGUUUCCAUUCAUCAAGGAAAUAGCUGAUCAAUGGCUUAAGCCCUACGGAAUCUACAUCAAGAAGAAUAAGGCUGGCAAAGAUGAUGGCUGGAGAAUGAAGAUGGCAGCCCAAGAGCAGCCACUGAUAGAAACUCUGUUACCACCAAAAGGUGACACAGAUGUGCUAAUCGCCAUAUACCUUGAUCACUUUGAGCAGCUCCAUCGUGUUGUUCACGUCCCGACAUUCAACAGGGAGUAUAUCAACUUUUGGACUCCUGGUAAGCCGCGAUACCCAACGAUGGCAGCAAUGAUAUUGUCCAUGAUUACGGUGUCAAUCUGUGCCUCUUCCCACCUUGUGGGCGGUACACCAGUCCCUGCCGCUUACAGGAACAUGGCUGAGCAGUGGAUUUCUUCAAUUAAUGACUGGUUAAGAUUGCAAAGUACAAAACAUCGCAAACUUGUGCACUAUCAAGUCGGCUGUUUAAUGUACAUUGCCAAACGGAUGAACAUUGUCGGAAAGAAAAGAUUCUGGAAAGAUACCGGCUCUUUGGUACAAGACGCUAUCAUGGAUGGGUUGAAUCGUAACCCUUCCAUGGCAGAUGCCUUCUUCAUAAGGGAGAUGAAGAAACGCAUCUGGUACACCAUUCGCGAGCUGGAUCUCCAGAAUUCUUUUGAAUGUGGCCUGCCCACUCUUCUGAACAGCGUCGAGUGCAAUGUCUCAGCGCCCCUCAACCUUGCUGAUGAAGAUUUUGACGACACUACCAAGCAGACUCCCAUGUCAAGAUCCUCUGAUUACUAUACAACGUCUUCUUACCAAUUUCAUAGCUUCCGCAGCUGGGAGCUCCGCCUUGAGAUAUCACGACGAUUAUUCGGAUCCGGAUUCUUCAGAGCUCUAAGCUACGACGAUGUUUUGCGCUACACUCAUGAAAUCACAAAAGCUAUCAAUGACCUUCCCCCUUGGAGCAGCAGCAGCAGAAACGACAACAAAGGUGACGCAGGCCUUUUGUUAUCGUACUCAAUACUGGAGUUUCAGCUCAAAGAAUGCCUCUUGGCCAUUCACCGGCCAUACAUCGACAGAGAAGGCGGCGGCUAUCCACUUUCGGAGAACAUUUGCUACCAGACAUCACGAGAAAUACUAGUUUCUAGUAUCCAGCUUACAAACCUGGGGAUUCAAAGCUUGGCACAGCUGCGCGAAGAUCUUGCGCUUGCUUCACUCCAUAUAACGCGCCUUACUCUAUUACAACCAGAAGGCUCCAGUAGUAUCAUCAUGACCAAUGCACUGUCGACUGUCGAUUUACUAGAGCAAUGCCUCCCCGUUAUCGAAGACAAGUACCUACGCUUCUCUGAUCCUUGGACCUUUUUCAUCAUGUGCACAGCCAUCAUGCUCAUUAAGAUCCAUCUGGGAAAGGAAUCUCGACAAAAUGCAAAAUCAUCUUGUGCACGAAGAUUUCUGGACUUGUACUACAAGAAUGUAUGGAUGCAUCAGCCUGCUGAUCUUGCUCAACAGCAGGCGAUUACCCAAGAUAUUGUCAAUCAAACCGCUGUAAGUUUCGCAUCAACCACGUCUCUUUUCAUUCCUCCCUUUUGUACGUCGUUAUUUAUUACCGACGCAAACUUACGACCACAUCCAUUACAGGCUUCUAAUGCCUGCCCACCACCUCCUCCAGAUGCAAGCGCUCUUCCGACUGCAGUGUGGCUCGACAGCAGCUACCCCGAUGUAAGUUCAAAAUUUCGGUAA